UUAUGAUCAUGUGAAGCUGCCAUCACUAUCGUGCAUACCUGAGACACAACAUAUACUCUACCACCUAGGCGAUUCAGUAAUUUCUACACCCAAAUAGAUUCCACUGUCUGAAUAAACUGUCCCAAUCUACCACCCCUUCACGCAGGAAUAGAAUCUACCAACACUGCCUUUCAAUACGAUGUAAACAUUGCACCAUUGCUAGUAAACUGUCAAGCUAUAUUUAGACCAGGUAAUGUCACCAAACAUCAUCCUGUAUUCUGUUAGUGCGCAUAUUAGGUAAUACACGAAGGUUGAAGUAAGCAGUUUGAGCAGAAAUCCAGUUAAAUCAUCUCAUCAAGACCAGUUGUGUUACUGCGAGCGUUGCCAAGCUGACAGGUAAACAGAAUGAUGUCUUGUUAACUCUGUUGCCAGCUCUUGUAAACCACUCUUCAUUCCAAGUCAAUCAGAGUUGGCAAAGAAUUGUUAAUCCAGUGGACUGAUGAUCAAGGUUUUAUAAAAGUCACCGUGAUUCCACCAUGGUCCUGAAGAAGUCCAACUGCAGUCUGAACUCUGGGAACUCACUGAAAGUCAGGUACUAUGACAAGGCCUUCAUAGGAACGCGAGAUCACCUCAUCACCAAGGUUUACAUAAACAGAAUCAUCCAGCCAGCUGAUUUUGAAGAACAGAAUGCGAACAUAUUGUCGAUAUCAGAUGAGUAUGUUCAAGAUGGGGACCUGGCUAUUCAACAUAACUUUCAUGGUCCAGUUGUCUUUUCACUAAAUAAAAGAAAGCGUUGGCUGCUACGAGAGACUGUCGCGAAAACCAUUUGCUAUAUGGCUGAAGAAAAUUGUGAGGAAGACUUUAAGAUUACACUGGUUGAUAAUGUUCACUUAUGUAACGGAUACACUUAUUUCAUGAAUCCUAACAUUGCUGUAUGCCGGGAGUACUGGGAUAGUCACAACAUCCAGCCUCAUGUUACUCCCCGAAAGGAUGCCUCGUUUAUCACAGAUCUACGGAAACGUGGGAAGAGGAAGGAAGAGGAAGGGAAGGUGACAAGGAGAAGAAAGUAUCACAACAAGCAUUUCCGUGCAAUCCAGAGGAAGGUGAAGACGUUGCCCCCAGAGACGGAGCUGCACCAGCAGCCAUUUAUUCCCAGGAACCUAGCAGAGCCUCACGGAUGUCCAGAGAUUCGAUACGAGUUGUGGUCGCCAGCGGAGUAUACAUCCAAAAAAAUGUUCUACAGAACAAGUCCUUAUGAAAGAAUUUGGGAUAAAGAUCCAACUCACAAUAUGAGACAAAAUAAGGCUCUGAAGAAAAGUAAAGGACUCCGCAGCAAGAGAGACAAGCAGGAGUCACAUUUUGGUUUCUCACCACAAGGCAUGAAAGAACAGGCUGAUGAGGAACAGGAACACCCUGGAGGACUUGGAGAAGAGUGGAUGUGGGAAUUGGGUGAGGUGGAGGAAGUGAAGGAACGGGAGCGGGCCAUGGAAGUGGAUUUGCAAACACUGAUUAUGAAACAGGGUUCCAGGAAGAAGAAACUGAGGAAGAAAGGACGUAAGGCUGACAUGGUGGACAAGGAGACUUAUGUGUUUGUGACUGAUGACAGGAGGAAGAAGGUCAAGGUUGAAGUUGAGCAGAUCAACAGAGCAACUUCCUUGUGGACAAAAAGAUAUGGGAAAGGUUGUGCAAUUGUGUUGGAGAACAGAACCAAAGUAACUGAUGAUGAUUUUGAGAUUGUUGAUAGAAACACUGAAUCUGAGAAUCAUUCCGACCUGGCAGGUGAGAUGCUGGAGCUCAUGAAGAACCACCUGCAGGUGUUCAAUGGCAACUUCUGCGUGUGCAAGAUUGCCAUGGAAGACAUUGUGCCAAGAAAGCUGGCAGAAUUGUAUGGACAUGGCGUUGAAGUCAGCCUUAUCCAUCCGUAUACAUUUGUCAUUAACCUUGGGAGAAGUCAAGGUCACUGGUGCAUGGUGUGCCAGAUGUCGCCGGGAUUGGGAUUUUGGCCUGACCCUGAAUCACAAACCAGUGUUGCACUGAGGGUAACAUUGCAAGGAAGAGCUGCUGAACCGGACAUCUGCACUGUGAACUCCAGUCUGCGUCAUGCUGUAAAGCAAACUUCCAGAUCAGGACACACUCUGACAGAGUUAUUUGCCCUUGCCAACAAAGUCAUUGAGGAAACAUUACAACAAGCUUUGUCGACUACAAAGUCUCGGGCUGAUCUCCAUGGAAACAGAACAAUCCACAAGCAGCUUUUCUCUGAGUUAACUGUAGUGAAGACAGCUGAAGAGGCUUACCUUGAGGACAAACACAAUAAACAGGUUCUUCCAAGUGUUGCCCGAAUUGACCUUCUAACUCUGAUUGACCUUGACUUUGACCUCAUAGAGGAGUGCUCAAUCUGUUUUGCAUCUUGGGAAGGGGAAGAAUGGUCGUGGAUUUCACACAAUGUGUCCUUGUUGCCAUGUCGACACAGCUUUUGUCGACAGUGCUGGCAGCUGUACCUAUGUCAGAAUAUCAAGGAAGGGAAGACAACUCUUUAUUGCAUGGAAUAUGGUUGCGAAACUGAGUUGGAUCCUGCUACAGUUACCUCCCUUGUUCCCCCUGAAUUUCUCACAAGAUGGCAGCAACAGUGUGCGGAGAGUCAUGUGACUCGGGCAGGGGGCUGGCACUGGUGUCCGAAGGCAGGGUGUCAAUAUCUCGCCAAGAUGGCCAAGCCACAAGAUAAAAAGUCUCAGCGACUGUGCCGGUAUGGAGUUCCUGUUCAAUGUCACUGUGGGGAGCUUUGGUGUCUCUUAUGUCAGAAGUCACCUCAUUGGCCGGCUCUCUGUAGUCAUGGUGACAUAUAUUACAAGAUGCUGCUGGAGAAUGGUAAUGAAAUGGGUCGACAGCUUACUAGUACAUCGGAUAUGACCUAUUUCGUUAAGCUGAAAAAUUGUCCUCGCUGCCACUACCCGAUGGAGAAAGAUGGCGGCUGCAGUCACAUGACCUGUAAAUGUUCGCACCACUUCUGCUGGGUGUGUCUGGGAGACUGGGACAGCCACGUGCACUCUGGUCUGGUCUGUGCCUCUGCUGCAAGGGAAGAGAGGACGGUGGAGCUGGACUCGGAGGCAGUGAUGACGCUCCAUGCUUCCCAGUACAACAAGUCCGUAACUCACCGAUACUCCUGGAAGAAAAUUACCACUACGUUCAUCAGGUCAAAGGUCACUCAGCUGGUCAGCACCCAGGUGAAAAAGCCUUCACUAUUUGACUCACAGUAUCGGCAAAAGAAAGAAGAUGUGGAGGAGUUCACCAAGUGCAAUGAAUACAGCCCAGCUUGAUGCUACUCAAGCAUUCCUCACAGACCAGCUGGUGUUAGUCCGAUCUUCAUCGGCUGCUGGAGAACUGUAAUGUGCUGCUGUCAAACACUCCUCGGUCCUGCCAGCCCAAGAAUCUGCUCACCUGUACGUCCCAGCUGGCCUUCACCACAUCCAGACUCGAAG